AUGCCGAACCCCUCCACACACCCUGCGAGGGCUGAUCCUGGUCCAAAGUCCCUCCCCAGAUCUGCUAGAGUUGGAGACACUGACAGCGGCGUUGGGCCACCGGAUCUCACCAUGCAGGUCCUGGCACCCCUCAUCCUCUGCCUGGGCCUCUGGGCAGGGCUCAGCACUGCUGCCAUCCCAGCGGAGGAGGAGAAGCCAUCCUUCUGGAACAAGCAGGCAGCUGCAGCCAUCGAGGCCGCCUUCAAGAUGCAGCCCAGAAUAAGCCAAGCCAAAAACCUCAUCCUCUUCCUCGGGGAUGGUGUCGGGAUCCCCACCAGCACGGCCACCCGCAUCCUAAAGGGGCAGGAGCAGGGGAAGCUGGGCCCCGAGACCCCCCUCGCCCUGGAUGCUUUCCCUUACGUGGCUCUCUCCAAGACGUACAACGUGGACCGGCAGGCCCCCGACAGUGCGGGGACAGCCACAGCCUACCUCUGCGGCGUGAAGGGCAACCACCAGACGGUGGGGCUGAGCGCGGCCGCCCGCUUCUCACAGUGCAACACCACGGUGGGCAACGAAGUGAUCUCAGUGCUGGAGCGAGCCCGCAAAGCCGGGAAGGCAGUGGGCAUCGUGACGACAACACGGGUGCAGCACGCAUCACCCUCGGGGACCUACGCCCACGUUGUGAACCGCAACUGGUACGCGGAUGCCAACAUGCCCACAGACGCCCACCUCCAGGGCUGCAAGGACAUCGCCUGGCAGCUGGUCCACAACGUCGACAUCAAUGUGAUCUUGGGGGGUGGUCGGAAAUACAUGACCCCCCGGGGGACACCGGACCCCGAGUAUCCCACCUACAGCACAGAGGGUGGGAUACGCAACGAUAAGAAAAACCUCAUCAACCUGUGGCUGGAGGCACGGCCGGGUGCCCGCUACGUCUGGAACAGGACGGAGAUGCUGGCUGCCGCCGCUGACCCCAGCGUGAAUUAUCUGAUGGGUCUCUUUGAACCGGCGGACAUGAAGUACAACCUGGUGCGUAACACCACCACGGACCCAUCGCUCACCGAGAUGAUGGAGGUGGCCAUCACCAUCCUGAGCAAGAACCCCAACGGCUUCUACCUCUUUGUGGAAGGCGGCAGAAUCGACCACGGCCACCAUGAAGGUGCAGCCCAUAAGGCGCUGACGGAGGCAGUGGAAUUUGACCGGGCCAUCAAGCGGGCAGGCGUGCUGACAGACGAGGCGCAGACCCUCACUGUCGUCACCGCUGACCACUCGCAUGUCUUCUCCUUUGGCGGCUACACCCUGCGCGGCUCCUCCAUCUUCGGUAGGGCUCUGCCUGGUCACCAAGACCAGUACCUGUAG